AGGGGGAAAAACUUGUUUUAAAAAACGUAUCAAGAGAGGUUUUCGCAAAAUCUCGCGACGGACUCACAUUCGCACCAUAUUUUACGGACCACUCAUCAUUAAAGAUGGCAGCCUUCAGUGAUCUAAACAUUUUGCACAUGGAAAAUGUAUCAACGAAGGAGAAAUUACUAAUGGCAAUUAAACUUGGUUAUGAAGUUGUUGCGAUUAACAAUUACGUAGAGAACGUGUUGGUCAAAGAUGAUAAAGGCAAGAGCAAGAAAGAACCAUCAAAGGUUGUAGAAAUACCAGCUCCGGUGAAAGUUCAUUUGACUGAAAGAGAUAUAGGAGAUCUCAAGGUGAAGGGAGCAUCACUGAAGCAACUUUCCCGAUUUACAACAGUUCUAUCUGAUCCAGGGCAGUGGCGAAGAAUGCAGGAAGAUGAUAUUCAAGCCUAUGACUUACUGGCUGUUCAACCAACAACAGAAAAACUAUUUCACAUGGCCUGCACUGCCAUUGAGAUUGAUAUCAUCACAUUUAACAUUGGAGACAAAUUAACUUACUACCUAAAACCCGCACCUGUCAGUAAGGCUAUAGAGAGAGGAGUUCAUUUUGAGAUUGUAUAUUCCGAAGGAUUCCAUUCUUCCAGCAGAAGAACCUUCAUAGCCAAUGCACUGAGAAUCAUGCAUGUCACACAUGGCAAGAAUGUAAUCAUCAGCAGUGGUGCGAGGGAAGCCAUGGACGUGAGAGGACCCUACGACGUUGCAAACCUAGGUUUGCUGAUUGGUCUGCAAGAGCCCCAGAGCAAAGAUGCGAUUUCAACCAACAGCCGGGCAUGUGUGCUUCACGCAAAUACACGGCAUUCCGUCAAGUCUGUGAUCAGUGUACGGAGUUCGAGCGAGCUGAAAGCGGAGGACCAGUGGACGGUGGAAGCCUGUAGAAAGGAAGCUUCGGAGGAGAGCGGCGACGAUAGCAGCGAGAGCGCCGCAGAAGAAGCCGAUAGUAGCUUUGACGCAGCGCGGCCAGAGUCGAAGCGAAGGCGCAUGGACGGUGUUUGAGUGCUUCCCGUUGUUGUUUCUUUUGUGACGCGAUCUCAAUCAUGCACGAGGACAAACGUGGUAGCAGAUUGUUUUUACUGCCUGUUGCCCGUACUGUUUUCAUUGAGCUGGAUAGAGUCAAGAGCUAAUAAUAGCUCAAGAGAUAGAGUCAAGAGCUAAUAAUAGCUCAAGAGAUAGAGUGAAGAGCAAAUAGAUUGUUUUUACUGAUUGCUUUCACUGCCCGUUGCACGUACUGUUUUCAUUGAGCCGGAUAGAGUCAACAGCUAAUAAGGUAUUAGCUCUUGAUAGAGUGCUGCUAGGGUGAGGCUUACAAUACUGUGAAUACUGAAAAUGAUUGUUAUUAACACAUUCUAGCAUGUUCCAUUCAAUCUAAUCAUUUUCAGUAUUCACAGUAUUGUAAGCCUUACCUUAGCAGCACUCUAUCAAGAGCUAAUACCUUAUUAGCUGUUGACUCUAUCAGGCUCAAUAAAAACAGUACGUGCAACAGGCAGUAAAAGCAAUCAGUAAAAACAAUCUGUUGGCUCUUCACUCUAUCUCAUGUUGGAAGAAACUACAAUUGAUCAGGAAGAUUGCACAAGCAUGUUCAUAAUGCAGUAUAAAUUUAGUGUCCAUGGAAUCUUGUUUAUUUACAUAACUCUCAUUAAAAAAAUAUAUUAAAAUACAA